GUUGGCUCAGACGCAGAGGGGGAGGCCCGAAGGUACUUUGUGCACGCCUUGACUUUGAGGGACACGCUGAAGUUUCUGAGGUACAAUAAGGACCUGACAUUUGAGAGCGACACCAAGACUGGUCUGGCUGUCGACCUGAUCCGUUGUGAGAGCCUGUUGGGUCUGGAUCCCGCGACUAGAGCCAGAGUUUUAAACAGGAACUAUGAGUUGCUGGUUUCCAUGGCACCCUUGAGCUACGAGAUCAAGCCGGUGAGCAGUUGUACUCCCCAACAUAUAGGACCGGCUGUACCAGAGGUGAAUUCUGUGUGGUUUAAGUUGUUCCUGUAUAACCUAACAAAGUGUGGUCCCCCUUCACUUCUCCUGGUCAAAGGGACGAAACUACGCAAGCUACCCGCAAUAUUCCAC